AUGCCUCACAAACACAGAAGAAGGGAUGACAAUGCCGACGAUUACAACUUGCCGCCCACAGCCGUCGCAAAGGCUUUGCCCGUAGGAAAGAAUGCGCAAACCGUCUUCACUUCCGACGGCAAGAAGAAGAGAAAGACUGAGAAGUCUAUCGCUGGAAAGAAUGCAUACAAGUUCGACGACACACCGAAGGCAUUUGCCCGACUGAUGCAGCGACAAAACCCCCAGCCAACUCCAGACGAGAAUGAAUCAAAGACGGCAAGCAAGAAGCGCAAGCGUCAAGAGGACAUCAAGCAAAAAGCAAAAGGAAAGACAAUGGAAAUGCCGAAAAUCCAGCCUGGCGAGAAAUUACGAGACUUCAACGCUCGUGUAGAUCAGACAUUGCCGGUGACUGGUUUGGCGCGGAAAGGAAAUCAGGGCCUAGCACCAGGCGAGAAGGUCACACGGACGAAGACUGAGAAGAGAAUGCACAAGAUGUACGACGAAUGGAGAAAGGAAGACCAGCGGAUCAAGGACAAGGCUGAGGAAGAGCAAGAAAAGCGUGAGGAAGAGGAGGAAGAACGUAAUGCAUUGUACGGAGAGGACUCGGGCGUGCCCGUUCUGUACGGCAAGAAGCGUCAAAGGAUGAUUGGAGAGUCCAAGGAUAACGAGGACAUCUGGGCAGUGCUCAAGACGAAACGAGACAAACCCAAGGGACUACACGACGUGGCACAGGCUCCUCCCGAGUUCACUGUGAUACCCAGGGAGAAGUUCAAGGUCAAGAACGGAGCCAGAGCAGAUGUGGCCGACGUGCCGAACGCUGCUGGUAGUUUGGCAAGGAGAGAAGAGCUUGGAGCAGAGCGCAAAAACAUCAUCGAGCAAUACCGUGCUCUGAUGAGAAAAGCCUCAGGGGAUGAGUAG